AUGAGCAGCUCGUUGCGCGGCUCGCCUCCACGCCCUCUGUCGCCAAUCCUGGACAAACCACGCCGCCAAGCCAUCACUCGAGCCUGCGACCGUUGUCGCCGAAGAAAAGCAAAGUGCGACUUUGACAGCGCGGUUGCCAAGCGCGGGCCCAAGUCCAAGAAGAGAACGGAUUCAUCUAUUCCGCCAGAGUCUGUGUCGACAUUCUCCGGUCGAAGAAGCAUACACCACGCGCCGCUUGUCGGCCACCCUACCAGCUCGACCGCGGCCACUUUCAAAAGUCCAUCAAGCUCGUCGACGACGACGGCAUGGGAAUCCUCAGCUCAACUCGGCGCUGGCGCCGCGCUGUCUCCAGCCUCGACUCGAGACUUUGCUUCCAUAGCAAGUCCCCCAGCAGCGCACGGCAUUUCCGCGGCCAGGCGGUGGCGCGCCUUGUCCAGAGCCCUGUCGCUACGAAACAAGGUCCUUGAGCAAAUCGUUGAGCGAUGCUUUGGCCUCUUUUUCGAGUAUCUCUACCCCCUCACUCCCCUGGUACACGAACCAAGUCUUCGUGACGGGCUUUCCAUAUUUGCGUCACAGUCGUCCAACUCGGCGUUGCAGAACGCGGCGCCACGAAAUGGAAAUGACCGUGUGGCCGACACUCUGCCCGCCUUGAAUCCUCCGGCAUGGCCUGGAAUUUCUCCUGAUGUUGGCUCCGGUCCCGGCGGCGAGACUUUGGGAUGUUGGCACGAUGCCACAUUGACCCUCAUUACCGCCCUUUGUGCCGAGGCGGCGUUUCUUCUCCCCAAGGACCUCUUUCCCGAGGGCGAGACGGUCGCUGACAUCUUCUUGCAAGCUUCGAGGGACUGCCUGAACAGCUAUUUGGAGGCGGACCUGGAAAACCCGAAUGCAAACUCCAUCACCAUUCGGUACUUUCACUCAAACUGCAUCCAUGCGGCCGGGAAGCCCAAGUACUCGUGGCACAUCUUUGGCGAGGCCACCAGACUCGCACAGGUGAUGAGGCUAUACGACGAGGCCUCCUUGGAAGGGCUGCCACCCGUGGAAUCCGAGCUGCGUCGCCGUGCCUUCUGGAUCGUUUACAUGGGCGAUAAAUCGGCCGCCAUUCUAAACAACCGUCCAAUAACUAUGCACAAGUACUCCUUUGAAUCUGGCGUCACUACCGCAUAUCCAACCGGAAUGGACAACAGGUCGACCUCCACGGCCAACGUCUCCGACGUCACAACGUCCCCCGAUAGCCACGACAGGAACCUCAUCGCUGGAUUCAAUGCAAACUUGAAGCUGUGGCAAGCAGCUUCAGACCUCUUGAUCCAAGUCCGACUCUUCCAAGACCAAAAGUCCAUUGAGUUCGGCGCCGCAAAUCGAACCAGCCAGGCACUAACAGAGUCCGAGAGGCAGCGCCUAGACUCGCUCUUUGUUCAAUUCAUCACAUGCAUGGACGAUCUUCCCCCGUACCUGCAGUCAUAUACAUUUGCCGCUGUCGGAAGCGCCGGCAGCCCCGUCACCGAAGCGAAGCAGUUCGUCAUCCAAUGCGCAAAUCUACAGGUCUCCUUCCACUGUUUGCGCAUGGUCAUCACCCAAAAGUUUGAAGAUAUUGCCUUUUUUGCCCCGGGGGCUGAGCAAGCCGACUUGCGCAAGACGGAAAUAGUGAGGGACAUGCUGAGGGUGAUGCACGAGGCGCCGUUUUGGUCUUUGCAGGUCAACGGCGAACCAUAUGUACGCUUGCCGUCAAAAUCCUGUUUGACAUUUGACAAACGUGUCAGAGUGAGCUAA